AUGACUUCUCCAGGUGCUGAAAGCGUUCUCCCCUACCGGUCAAAUUGUGAUACGAUCCAUGAGGAUCGUCAACUACAAUGUGUCUCAGGAUAUAUUGAUAGGAUCAGUUUCGAUUCCUGGGCCGACACGAAAGUCACGACACCGUCAUCUUGUCCAUCGCCCUCACUAUUGUCAGACAUGGAUGCAUCGGUACACUCCACAGAGCCCUCUGCGAAAUCCAAGAAUCUUAGUUACUUGGAUGGUGCGGCGUACAAAAGUGCACUUUUUUCUAGAAACGUGGAUAUUGGUCCUUUGACCCCUGCACCAUACAAUGAACCCCGCUUUCUGCACAAAACAGCCACCAGAGUAUCCAUUCCCAAGAAACUCGAAUCCUCUCUAAAUCAUGCGGUGGCGAUCAGGAAUUCUGCUCCCAAUGAAGCGACGUACCAUCUCGUCAUUCCCCUUUUCAUAACUGAAUGGCUAGUCGGAAUGCCGCAGUUGAGAUUUGGCCUAUCUAUCCAGUGGAAAACUGAACCACUUGAGAGUCGGGGGCAGGAAACACGAUCACUGAGUAUGCCUAAACCGGAUAUUACGAUUGGGUUCAACUGGCGAUCGCUGAUCGAAGACCAUUGUUACAGUCCACAGUUCAUAGGGCCUCAGUACGUGUUCCCUAUUUCUGGUGAUUUCGAAACCGCAUUGCCGUUCUUUUCUCUCGAGGUGAAAUUGGAUGGCACAGAGCAGCAGGCACGUAUGCAGAAUCUCCACGCCGCCGCUCUAAUGCUCAGGAAUUUGCGUCUAUUCUUCCAAAAUGCCCACGGAAGCACGGACGAAUUCGACACCAAGGUACGCGUACUUACGGCCACCAUGACCCGCGACCAGGUAGAUGUCUAUGGACAUUGGACGCAUUGUAGCUCGACAGACUCGGCGAUCUGGUAUGAACACUUCCUAAUGUACUCCUGGAGCCUCUUAGGGGGCAAAGAAGAGUUCUAUAGAGUACGGAAAGGUUUGGAGGCGUUUUGUAGCUGGAUCGCAGAAGAAAACCAUGCAUGGAUUGUCUCUAGCCUAGGGAAGAUGGGCAUUGCUUCUUCUAUGUAA